AUCUUUUUGAUUCUUCAAAUAUUCUACUUCGGAUUCGAUCAAGCCAGAGGCACAAAACAGAAUCGAUCCAUUCGGAAAACCAUAUAAAAGGGCAAGAAACCAAGAAACCGGAGAGCCUUUUCCAAUCCAUAUAUUAAGAAUGGAGAACAACCCUAAAUUAGGUUCAGGAGAAGCGAAGAGUAUUGGCAAUAAUAACAAUAACAACGACAGCGAGAGGGAACAAGAGCAGGAACAGAACCUUAAUUUAGGUUCUGCAAACGAUAAUAAUGGAGAUGAAGAGGAACAGGAAGCCCAGCCUCCACGCCAGUCUUCUAGAAGAACUCCCUUCACUAAUCUCAGUCAGGUCGAUGCUGACCUCGCUCUUGCACGUACCCUCCAAGAACAGGAAAGGGCAUACAUGAUGUUGAGAUUCGGCAAUGAGGGGAGUGAUUAUGGAAGUUGGGAAGCUGGAAGCUAUUUUCCAGAUGAUGAGGAUGAUUUUGGUGAUCCUGAUGAUGACAGUGAUGGAGAUGAUGAUGAUGAAGAGGAGGAGGAGGAUGGCACAGAUGUAGAUGAUAGCAUGGAUGCUUUUGAUGUGCAUGCUCAUACUGAUGCUGAUGUUGAUAAUAAUCCUGCUGUUGAUCUUGACCCAGCCAUGUUUUCUAGCGAUGAGGCCUAUGCUAGAGCCCUACAAGAUGCUGAAGAAAGGGAAAUGGCUGCUAGACUCUUGGCUCUUGCUGGAAUAAAUGAGAGAGAAGUUGAGGACGUUGAGGAUCUUGGUGCUAACUCCCAGGAUGCAUGGGAGGAGGUCGAUCCAGAUGAGCUUUCAUAUGAGGAGUUGCUUGCAUUGGGUGAAGUUGUUGGAACUGAGAGUAGGGGGCUUUCAGCUGAUACAAUUGCCUCUCUGCCUUCAGUAAACUUCAAGGCAGGAAGCAGUCAGAACGGAAGCAAUGAUUCCUGCGUCAUAUGUCGUUUAGAUUACGAUGAUGGUGAGACCCUAACAGUGCUUUCUUGCAAACAUUCCUACCAUUCAGAAUGCAUAAAUGAUUGGUUGAAAAUAAACAAGGUUUGUCCUGUCUGCAGCAAAGAGGUCUCCAGUUCUUGACACAGCUAGUGUUUGUUGGAGCAUCCUAUUCUACAAGCGAAAGGUCAUCUACACAAAGUUGAUGGUGCUUUCCUAAUAGGCGGUAAUCUGAAUUUGAGGACGUCUGUGGUAUUCAUUCUUAUUUAGCUUCCAUCCCCAUACAUAAAAUUGGUAUAUCGAGUUAUUUUAUGGCUUUUUGACUGAAACAACAGGAAAGAUAUCCAUUUCUGUUUGUUCCUCUCCCAAUCUCUAAGUUUAGCUAUACAAAUUAGUUCUAUUUUCUAAAACUUGGAAUUGUGUUUAUCUUUCUUGCUCUUAGAAUUUCCUAUACUGUGGCUUUAUAUUGCCAACGGUAGCUCUCAACAAAGAAAUACAUGGAAUGCACCAACGUGGGGAUCCUAUAUAUACAUAUAUAUAAUCUUGCAGCUUCUACUGCAAUGGGAUUGACGGCA